ACAAGGACAACCACCCUAGCAGCAUGAAUUCACACAAUAGAAGAGAGUUAUGAGAGACACUCAGCUAUGUACCACUUAUGCGCUCACUAGUCAGUCACGGUGUAAGUUUUUGUGUGUGUUAAAGCUGUGUAUAGCUGGCUAAGAUAGCUGAUAGCUAACAGUUUUCUAGCCUAUAACCUCUGUUGUUGACAAGCGGCGUUCAAGUACCUGUGGAGUUUACAGCAACCGCCUGGCAAACAAGCUGCAGCCAUGGGGUUGGUGAAAAGCUUCUGUGAGGCCAAUACCUCUAUCUCCCACACCUGGGUGGAUGAAGGCAUCGCCCCCUGCUUCUACUUCACACUGGUCCCUUCAGUCCUUCUCACCAUCGCCUUUUUCCUCGGCACCAUCCACUGCAUAUGCUUUCAGAAGUAUGGCACAGCAAUGGAACCCAAGUUUAUCCCUCGCUCUCGCCUCUAUGGCCUCCAGCAGGCCAUCUCCAUCCUUCUCCUUGUCCAGUUUCUGAGUGGGUUAGUGUGGCAGGCUGUGACUGGAGCAGAGCUCCCAGGCUAUGUGGUGCUGUAUGGCUGCUUUUCUGCACUGGGCUGGGUCUGGGCUAUUGCUUUGCUCAAGGUGGAGAGACGGAGGGUCUUGGUGAUGGACCGGACCAGGGGCCACAGUGCAGCCCUACUGCUGUUUUGGGCUGUGGCUUUCUCAGCUGAGAACCUGGCUUUCGUCUCCUGGUACAGUCCUCAUUGGUGGUGGAGCCUUGAGAAUAACAAACAGCAGGUGCAGUUUGCUCUGUGGCUGAUGCGCUAUGUUGGCACGGGGCUGCUCUUCUUCAUUGGUCUCAAAGCUCCCGGGUUGCCACGGAGACCAUACAUGCUACUGAUAAAUGAAGAUGAGCGGGAUGUAGAACAGAGUGGUCAGAGCCUGCUCGGUACAACAGACGAGAACCAGUCUACUUGGCAGGGUUUCUGGAAGAAGGUCCGCCUGCUUUUGCCAUAUAUGUGGCCCCGAGGCAACCUCUUCCUCCAGAUUCUGGUCAUCUUCUGUUUGGGGCUGCUGGGAGUCGAGAGGGCUAUCAAUGUCUUUGUACCAAUUUACAACAAAAAUAUUGUGAAUCAACUGACUGAUGGCAGCAGUUGGCACACUCUGGCCACUACAGUGGUCACCUAUGUCUUUCUCAAGUUUAUGCAGGGCGGAGGAGCAGGUGCAUCUGGGUUUAUCAGUAACUUGCGCUCCUUCCUGUGGAUCCGGGUGCAGCAGUACACCAACCGCGUGGUUCAGGUGCGUCUGUUUGCCCACCUGCACUCCCUCUCCCUGCGUUGGCAUCUGGGCCGCAAAACCGGCGAUGUGUUGAGAAGCAUUGACCGCGGCACCUCCUCCAUUAACAGCCUGCUCAGCUACAUAGUGUUCAGCAUCUUCCCAACCAUUGCUGACAUCGUCAUUUCCAUCGUUUACUUCAUCACCUAUUUCAACGCAUGGUUUGGCCUUAUUGUCUUCAUCUGCAUGGCCCUGUACCUCACUCUGACCAUCAUCAUCACUGAAUGGAGAACCAAGUACAGACGAGACAUGAAUCUGCAGGACAACAAUGCCAAGACCAAGGCUGUGGACUCUUUGUUAAACUUUGAGACGGUAAAAUACUACAAUGCAGAGAACUAUGAGGUUGGCCGUUAUGAGGAUGCCAUCUUAAAAUAUCAGGCGUCAGAGUGGAUGACCCAGGCAACCCUGGCCUUCCUCAACCAAACACAGAACUUAAUCAUCGGAUCAGGCCUGCUGGCUGGCUCUCUGCUCUGUGCCUACUUUGUGACUGAAGGAAAAUUUCAGGUUGGAGAUUAUGUUCUCUUUGGUACUUACAUCAUCCAGCUGUACACCCCCCUCAACUGGUUUGGCACCUACUACAGAAUGAUCCAGAAUUCGUUCAUUGAUAUGGAAUGCAUGUUUAAACUUUUUGAAGAAGAGGAAGAGGUGAAAGAUGAAGUAAAUGCAGGAAAUCUUCUCUACAAACUAGGAAAAGUGGAGUUUGAGAAUGUUUACUUCAGCUACACAAAUGGCAAGGAGAUCCUCAAGGAUGUUUCCUUCACUGUGCUGCCUGGACAGACAGUUGCAUUGGUGGGACCAUCAGGGUCUGGAAAGAGCACUAUCAUUCGACUUAUCUUCCGUUUCUAUGACAUUCAUGGAGGCUGCAUUCGCAUUGAUGGCCAGGAUAUAUCAAAAGUGAAGCAGACAUCUCUGCGAGCUCAUAUUGGCGUGGUUCCCCAGGAUACUGUGCUUUUCAACAACACUAUCCAGGACAACAUUCGCUACGGUCGCAUCUCUGCUAGCGACCAGGAGGUGGAGGAGGCUGCAGUCGCUGCUGAUAUCCAUAGUAAAAUCAUGACUUUCCCUGAAGGUUAUGAUACUCAGGUGGGUGAAAGAGGUCUGAAGCUGAGUGGAGGAGAGAAGCAGAGGGUGGCUAUAGCCAGAACUAUCCUCAAAGCGCCACAGAUCAUCCUGCUGGAUGAGGCCACAUCUGCGCUAGAUACACAGACAGAACGCAACAUCCAGGCCUCACUGGCUAAAGUCUGUGCUAACCGUACAACAAUUGUUGUAGCUCACAGGUUGUCUACCAUCAUCGGAGCAGACCAGAUUCUGGUUAUCAAUGAUGGUCGGAUUGCUGAGCGAGGGGGACAUGAGGAGUUACUACUGAAGGGAGGCCUGUAUGCAGACAUGUGGAUGAAUCAGCAACAAGCCAUGGAUGUGGAUUCUGCAUCAGACACUGAAGCCAAAGACCGCAAGUCUGAGAAACUGCAGCCACCAUCAGCCUCUUCAGGCCACCAGGGCCACUGAAUGUAUAUUGUUUUGUUUCGUUUUGUAAGAGAACUCUACAAUUUAUAUACCCCUCACCUUUUAAAGUUGAUAAAUGAUUUCAGCAUCAUGGAACACUCAGUUAUGUUAAAAACAUUUUGUGUUAUUAUAUUUUUUUAGGUUUAAAACUGAAUGUGCAAUGAGAAUUCAAAGAGACAAGAUAUUCUGCCUUAAAAACUGAGCAACAAACACUCCUGAAGAGUAUACAUUUAUAAAAGACAUUCGUCUUUAUCCACAAAGUUAAACCCAAGGUUUUCAAGUAGGAAUAGGAGCAAACAUGUCAUACUAUUACCACAGUAUAAAAAGCAGAUACAGAUACUUAUUAUGGCUUUAAUCUUUUUUGAAGAACUACAUAAUGACACUGACUGAAAACAUGUUGGCUCAUGGCUUCUUCAGGAUGACACCCUGAAGUGUUUAAAUUUGUAGAUCCUGAAGUUGUUGGAAUAUUAUUAUUGAUAUAAUAUUUUGUUGGUUUUAUUAUUAUUGUUAGUAGAAGGAGUUAUGCCAUCUUUUUAAAUUAUGUAUGCCCUUAUACUUUUUUAAUACAUUUUUAUUUAGUUUAAGCUGUCUGGUUGUCUGUGAACUGGCAAUUUAUUUCCCCAUCGUACCUUUAAAAUAAUCUAUGACCUGGGUCUUAAAUUAUUUAAAGAUACAAAAGGGAACAGUGCAAGAAGUAAGGGAAUAAAAGACUCUUAUUAGAGGCUGAACACAGCAUCUUGUGUAAUUGAGAGGCUAAUGAUUGAAAACUGAAUAAUAUAUGAAUGACAAUAGAUCUGUAUACAAACUGUCAGGAACUUUGUUUUAAUUUUCUACAUCUUUGGUAGUUGGUUUCUGAGCUCUGCUGUUAUUUAUGUAUGUCUAGAUUUGAUCAUUAAGAUAAUGUGGGGUCUGUUUAUCUGAUUGCUGUGUCCUCUAAAUUGUUGUUAAGGAUUAAUGAAUACACAAUUUAAGAGGAAAUAUGGCAAUUGUGUGAAUUUUUAAAAAACCUUUUUAGAUGCACUGAUUCACACAAAUGCCUAAACUCCAUGUCUGCCUGUUUUCUGCAGCUCUAGAAAAGAGACCUUUCUUAUAUCAGGCAUUUUAAGUUGUUAUAUGGAUAUAAUUGAGGCAUCAAUAAAGUUAUAGAUCUGUGUUUCUCCUGCAAUAACAUGUUAAAUGUCUGACAUGGAAAAUGUACCAUCAAACUAAAUAUCCUGCAGUAAUACAACCAUAAUUCUCAUCAGAUGUAUUUACAAGUAUAUACAGUAAUACAAUCAAUUUUUGAAUUAUAAUUUUAUUUCUUAAAUCUACCUCAAAGAAUGGUAUUGUUCAUUAUUAUUACAAUUUGUAAAUAUUUUGUUUUGUCUUGACUUAUAAACAAUAAAGGUGUUUCCAGGUGUUACAGUUUGUAAAAUAAAAAUAUCACAACUUUUUGUCCACUUUAUA